AUGCAGGAAGAAACACCGCAGGAACAGGCACCGUCGUCGGGAACGACUAGUCGGGAAGACGUGGCGGCCGCAAUCCACACCCUCAUGACAGCGGAGGCGUCAGGCAUGGACGUUCAGGUCCAGGUCGUAUCCCCCGCACAAAUCGACGAAGGACGUGAUUCUCGAACGAUUCUCGAUCAGCAGGCGACCGAUACAGACUCCACCACGGACGAUAUCCAUGAUCAAUCUGAGGCUACUCCUGUAGAUGCCAUUGCCUUGACCUGCCGCUCGCCACAGAAGCAUUUCCUGGGCCCUCUUGCGGUGUCGUGCGCCCACUGUUCGGCGAAACACUUCCACGCGGAGCGUAUUUUGCGUCAUCGGACUACGUUCACGACAUGCUGUAACAUAGGUCGAAUCACACUGCCGAGAUUUCUGGAUUUCCCUCAACAAUUGCGCGAUUUGUUCGUCGCUCCCACAGAAGAAACCCCACAGGACUCGGAACUCAGGGCAAAUUUUCUGGCAAAUAUCCGACACUAUAAUUCAUCACUGGCGAUGGCGUCCAUGGGGGGCAAUAUUGAGUCUCUACGCGGUGGCGGGCCGUAUUGCUUCCGUCUCCACGGACAAGUCUAUCACAAUAUCGGAUCUUUACACCCAGCAGAGGGAAACCCCCCCUCAUACGGUCAGCUCUAUAUUUUAGAUACGUCCGAGGCGACGAGACACAGAAUGGCUGUGCCUCAGAACGAACGGUGUAGCUCACAAUUAAUCGACCGAUUAGGAUCACUGAUUGCUGGGUGUAAUCCUUACGCGAGAUCCUUCACAAUGAUGCGAGACGUUGAAAACGCAGAGCUUCGUGCUGCUGAUUGUGAAAAUCGCCCCCGACUGAACUUGAGAAUGGUCUUCGAUGAUGCCCGUCCUAGAGGUUUGGAUGGGAGAAGGUAUGACGUGCCUACAGCUAACGAAGUGGCGGUCAUCUACGUCGGCGAGGAUGGAGAUGUACCGUCAACUCGUUCUAUAGUAAUCCAUGACAAGAAGGGCCAGAUUUAUAAUAUUUCACAUUUAGAUAAGCGAUGCGAUCCCUUAACAUACCCGCUUUUUUUCCCGACUGGCGAAGAUGGCUGGGACCCGACUCUGCAGGAUGUGAAUGGCAAACGAAUUACUCAGAAACAAUAUUAUUCUUCUCUGCUUUCAAUCAGAGAUACAUUCAAUCCGAUUCUUCGCGGUGGAAAGCUCUUCCAACAAUUCGCUGUUGAUUCCUUCGUCAAACUAGAACAGAACCGCCUGAAUUUCUGUCGUCAAAACCAGACUAAACUGCGAGCCGACACUUACAAGGGUCUCCAGGACUUCAUGGCAAGUGAAUUGUCGGGCCCGCCAGGACGUCGAAUAAUUCUUCCUUCCUCAUUUAUUGGUUCCGCGCGUUACAUGCAACAGAACUAUCAAGACGCCAUGGCAAUCGUCGCGAGAUUCGGGAAACCAGAUUUGUUUAUUACAAUCACGUGCAAUCCCAAAUGGCCCGAACUCCACGAUAAUUUGUUCCCUGGCCAAUCGGCGGAACAUCGUCCAGACUUGAUCGCGAGGGUAUUCAAGCUCAAAUUAGACGCAAUCUUCGAUGAUAUAUUGAAAAAAAAAGUGUUUGGCAAAGUCCUGGCCCACGUGAUGGUGAUUGAAUUCCAGAAAAGAGGUUUGCCUCAUUGUCAUACACUCCUUAUUCUUGAAGGAACAUACAAACCGCGGACUCCUGACGAUGUUGACCGAAUAUGCUGUGCGGAAAUUCCCGACCCAGAAUUAGAACCGCAACUUCAUGAGGCCGUGAAGAAUUUCAUGAUCCAUCGGAAUUGUGCGCGAUUUAACCCUUCAGCACCGUGUUCGGUGAAUGGCGAAUGUAUGAAAAAAUUUCCCAAAGAGCUCCGCGAGGUAACGUUUUCCACCCAUGACGGCUACCCUUUCUUGAGGAGGCGGAAUAGAUUCUCCGCAUCGGUCGCCAAUAGAUCAUAUGGAGACGAAUGGGUUGUACCAUACAAUCCCUACCUUCUGCUGCGGUAUAAUUGUCACAUAAACGUCGAAAUAUGCGGAAUGAUAUCAUCGGUGAAAUAUUUGUACAAAUAUGUUUAUAAAGGUGUGGAUAGAGCGCUCUUGACCAUAGAUACCGAAGAUGCUGUCGAUGAAAUCAGCUUACACUUGAAUGCGCGAUACGUUUGCGCGCCGGAGGCUAUGCACAGAAUUCAGGGCCACGAAUUGCAGCACAAGUCCCACUGUAUUUACAGAUUAGCCAUCCAUUUGCCGAACCAGAGGAACCUCGUGUUCGUCGAGGGUCAAGAAGAAAGGGCUGUGCUGAAUGCCGAGACCACGUUCUCAACUCUGACAGCCUAUUUCCGCCUCAACGAAAUUUUCCUCAGAACAGCUGACGACGAGGGUUACAUUCCGAACCUUCGCGACUUAUUGUAUCAUCAACUACCGGAACAUUUCGUGUUUACUGCCAAACUAGGAUGGAAGCCUCGGCAACGAGGUGCUUCCAAGGUCAUAGGUCGAAUGUUCACUGUUUCCCCCCGGGACUCCGAGAGAUAUGCCCUUCGGAUUCUUUUGUUGAACGUGAAAGCUCCCAUAUCUUAUGAAUUUUUGAGGACAGUCGACGGAGUAGUACACAAUACGUUCAUGGAUGCAGCCAAAGCUGCGGGACUUCUGAGCGAUGACACGUACUUUCGCAAGAGUCUGCAAGAAGCCGUUCUUUUCCAAAGUCCUGCUCUACUACGGAGUUUCUUUGCCUGUUUGCUCGCCUUUUGCGAAGUUUUCCAAAUCCAGGCUUUGUGGGAUGAAUUCAUCGCUCAUUUUGUGGAGGAUUUCGUGCAUAGAGGGAGCACUUAUGAUGCUGCGGUCGCGUUGGCUUACUAUGAUGUUGCUGAUAAGUUGGCCGCUUUCAAUGUCCAAUUCGAGACACUCGUCGUACCGCCGGAAUGCGGCAGACCUCUGAAUGACGGAUCCGACGUUGAUUUCGAUCAUUUGAUGCAUCAAGGGGAGCAUAUGUAUUCGACUCUGAAUCAAGCUCAAAAAUUGGCUGUUGAUGGUAUUCUCUCAGCUGAUGAGUCCUCUACGUCCUACUUUUUCAUUGACGGACCUGGAGGAUCGGGGAAGACUUAUUUGUACAAUACACUCUACAAUUUACUCGUGGGUCGCCGAAAAAACGUCCUCUGCGUUGCAUGGACUGGCAUAGCUGCGAAUCUCCUCCCUGGCGGUCGAACCGUGAAUUCGGUCUUCAAAUUGAACAUCCACGAUAAUAAUCGAAGUUCUUCUAUGAAGCGCCAGCAAAAGGAAGCUGCCCAUUUAGCCAAGUUAGAUCUUCUCAUCUGGGAUGAAAUCUCAAUGGUCCCGAGGCAAGCAUUUGAGGCCGUCGACGCUCUCUUAAGAGAUAUACGACAAAACGAAGAGCCUUUCGGGGGAAUAAAGGUUGUCCUUGGGGGUGACUUCCGGCAAACACUGCCCAUCGUGGAAAGGGCUUCUGUCGGGGAAAUCAUUCAGGCAUGCGUGAUCAAAUCAAUUCUAUGGUCUCGUUUUUCAAAAUACGAACUCACCGAGAACGUGCGAGCGAGAAACAGUGGCAGCGAUUGGCAUCAGUUCUUGCUUGACGUCGGCGACGGGCAUGCGAACGAUGAACGCGGAAAUGUUACCAUUGGACCAGCGAUGCUGUGUAGCGGGCGUAUCGUUGACGAAAUCUUCGGCAGGACAAUCGUAGAAGACGCGAUGAGCGAUCUCGUCGACAGGGCAAUUCUAGCUCCCAAGAAUCGAGAUGUUUCAACGUUGAAUAAAUUAGUCCUCGAUAAAAUUACACUCCGAAAUCCCGACGAUGGAAAUAUAUAUAGGAGUAUCGACGAUAUCAUGGAAGAUUCGCAAGAAGAUCGGAUGUAUUUCACUACUGAGUAUCUGAAUAGUUUGACUCCACCAGGAAUGCCACCCCAUGAACUCCAUCUCAAGAAGGGAGCUAUCGUUAUGCUCCUUCGCAAUCUGGACAUAUCGAAUGGAUUAUGCAAUGGUACCAGAUUCCGAGUGUCAGCGCUAGCGUCUUUGACUCUCAAAAUCGUGAAGUUCCGUCUAGAGAGCUCAAGCUUCAAAAGCAUCGCACCCGGCAUGCGGCAUGCGGAAGCCGCGAGGGCGCGAAGCGCCCUCACGGCUGGUGUAUAUAAAAAUGCCAAUAUCGCGGACAAUCCGCCAUUUUCGUCCAAGACGAGCAGUCCCAUUAUGAUUUGUGAUUAUGCCAUCAAAGUCAAUAUAUAA